AGGAAAAGGGGGAAAACGAGUCAACCUAUAGAUACAGUGCAGCUGCACACAGAUUAUAGCGCCACGGUAGUCUUCGCUAUCGGUCUUGGGUGAUUCCUCUCCUCCUCCCCCUUCCAAAAUGCCGUUCAUUUUUGACGCCCUCAAAAUCCAAAUAUAGAUUUAUUAUUCUUUUCUCCUUCUUCACACUCUUCAUCACAGAUCUCUCUCUCUCUCCUCUUUCUCUCUCUUCAAUCUCUCUCCCAACGUGACCUUUCCUACGUUUCUCGUGAGCUAUAAUCUGACAAACGCUUCUUCUCGUUUUUUUUUUGCAUCCCCGUACAUUAUAUUCCCUGAUCGAUUACGUUUACAGAUGUAUUGAAUUAGUGUUUUCAGCUUUCUAGGGAUUUUGCUGGGAGCGUGAUUUUUCCCACAAAUGGAAAAUGUAGAUGGAGGAGUCAAUGCGCGAUCUUCUGUUUCUUUCUUGGAGGUAUGCUUUGUUGAGUGCGCCUCUUGUGUUUGAUUUUAGAUCUGAAUGAGAUUUCUCCAAAAUAUCUGUCUAGGGUUGUUUCGGAAGUGCGAUCGAAUUGGGGGUAUUCCGCUUUUGUUUCUUAGGAUUGAUUAAUUUGUUUUUUCUGGGAUUUUGAUAAGUGGAGUAAAAUUGUGCAAAAAAAUGGAAGUAUCGAGUGGGUUGAACCCAAGACCCAACUCACAUGCAUUGGAUAGAGAUAUAGAUCAUGAGGAAAAAGAAGCGGCCGAUAUCGAAAACCUCGAAUUGGAGACCGUUGUGCACGAUUACCAUUUUCGCUCCAUGAGCGCUCUGGAAAUUUUGAGAGAAACUGUCAGGAUUCUUCGGUACAAUUCGGCAGGGUUUAUGGCGAUUGUUGCAGUGUUAAUCUGCCCAGUUUCUGCUGUGGUUUUGUCUAAUGUGUUGGUUAAUCAAUCCCUAUCAAAGUGGCUAUCUAUACGCCUAUUGCUAAUCGCAAAGUCGAGCGGACUUCCUCUCAGGCCUUUCGUCAAACACUCGUGCCAAAAGUUGUCGGAAACGGUGGUUUCGGUUACGCUGUCCUUCCCUUUGUUCAUCACGCUAUCUCUUCUGUCCAAGGCUGCUGUGGUUUACUCGGUCGACUGUACUUACUCAAGAAGGAAGUUCGAUUCUUCGAAGCUAUACGUGAUCGUUUCCAAGAUUUGGAAGCGCGUGGUUUUCACGUACUUAUGGGUGUGCUUAGUAGUUUCCGGUUGCGUCACUUUAUUCCUAGUACUAUUGAUAGUAGUGAGCAGUGUGUUCUUCUUGAUUAUGGGCUUCCCGUCGGACUUGAUUCUUUAUCCAGCUAUGGUGGUGGGAUUUCUAUUCUCGGUCGUUUUAGCAAACACGAUUAUUAUCUGCAACAUUGCGGUUGUGAUAUCUGUUCUUGAGGAUGUUUCGGGCCCACAGGCUUUGCUGAGAUCAAGCUCAUUGAUAAAAGGGCAGACUCAAGUCGGGCUGUUGAUAUUUCUUGGGUCCACUAUAGGAAUGGCGUUUGUGGAGGGUUUGUUCGAGCAUCGGGUGAAGACGCUUAGCUAUGGAGACGGCUCUUCUAGAAUAUGGGAAGGGCCUCUCUUGGUGGUGAUGUAUUCGUUUGUGGUGCUGAUUGAUUCGAUGAUGAGCGCGGUCUUCUACUUCAGCUGCAAAUCUUAUCGGAUGGAAUCUGCAAACGAGGAAAACGAACCUGUGUUGGAGGCGCUGACUAUUCCGAGUGUUCAAUGACACCCGUCUCUCUGUCUUUUUUAUUGUUGAUUGGCAAUGAAAAUGUGAGAUCUGAUGAAAGGUUCUUGAAAAUCGAGCAUUUUUGUGCAGAGGAGAGGACAAGCCAGAAUGUAGGUGAGGGUUUCUGAAAGUUACAGACAUGAUAUUUUAGCAUUCCUCCUUUUUUAUAGAAUUGUUAUUCAAUGAUUUGUUGAUAACUUGAUAUAUCUUUACUUGUAAGUUGUGUUCCGAAAAAUAUGAAUAAAUUGCAAUUGUUUGGCUGUUCAA